GCGCGAGCGCCGAGCCCCGCCCCCUCUCGCCGCCGCGGACAGAGCGCGGGAAAAGCAGCCUCGCUCCCGCCCUGCCCCCACCCAGUCCCUCCUUCCCUCGUCACCGGGCGGUGUAUAAAUCCCCUUCCCCGGCGUAUCCCCCCACCGCGGGAGACCCUGAUACUUUGGCCCCCGGGGCGGGAGCCCGCCGCCUCCGACUCGCCGGGACUUUGCGCUCCCGCCGCUGACCACCCCCCACACCCGACCCUCGCUCUCUUCCCCGCGGGGCUCCCUCGGACGGUUCCCACCAGCCUCUUCCCUUCGCUACCCGGCCCAGAAUGUCGGAAAAACGCGUCGAGGAGGCGCCGGCGGAGCUGAGCGCUAAGGAGAUGAAAGAAAAGAAGGAAAAAGUUGAGGAGAAAACAGCCCACAAAGAAAAGAAGAAGGAGAUUGUAGAGGAUGAGGAAAAUGGAGCUGAAGAGGAUGAAGAAGAGAAUCCUGAUGAUGUGGAUGAAGAAGAAGAAGGUGGUGAUGAGGAUGAAGAAGGAGAUGAGAAUGGUCAAGAGCAGGAUGGUCAUGCAGAAAAAAGAUCUGCAGAGGAAGAAGAGGAUGAAGUGGAUCCAAAGAGACAGAAGACAGAAAAUGGGUCUUCAGCUUGAGUUCUCCCUUCCCAUCUCCUCUGUUCCGUCCAUCUCUCCUCCUCCAUUCCAGCCUGUGCUUGCACUGUCCAUUAGCCUCUGGCUUCACACAAUCUCAGAUGAGGGAAGAUCAGAAAUGCUCUCAAACAGGGAAGACAGCUGUUUCCUUCUGACCCGAAGAUCUAGCCCAUCUGUGACAUUCCCCAGCUCUGAAAUUAUUCCAGACCCCACAUCCCUUCAGCUGUGCCCCAUUAACAAAUGUUCCUCUUCUCUCGUUGUUUCCUGGGGCCCAGUACCUGAACUUGCUAGGCUCUUCACCUGGCAAGCAUCUCUCCUUCCAUUGUCACUUGCCCUCCUAUUUUUUGUCGCUAGUAUGACUGAGAUUCUUGACAGCUUCUGCUUCCCAGACUUGCUGUUGGGUAUCCUCCCUGAGGCCAGGAGGCUGCAGGCACAGAUAUCAUGGUGCAUUUUCCUGUCCUAGGUCUCAUCUGCUUUCAUGUUGAACCCUGAGAGACAAAGAGAAAGAAUAUUACAAGCAAAUAAUGGUUCUGUUAAACUACACACAGAGACAGAAUUUAUUUUAAGCUUUUUUUUUUUCUCCGAGUUUACAUGACAGCAAGCUAGCCCUCGUGAAUUUUUCAGAAGAUAAGGGUUGUUUUUAUAUAUAAAUUCCAUCUGAACUGUGUAAUUUUUUUUUUUUUUUUUUUAAUUAGGAGGCUUUUAUAAGACAAACCAAGAAAGAAAUAAUUGGGGACCAAACUUUGAUUUCCAUUUUUUUUCCCUUUCAGAUUUUCUUGUGACCAUUUUUUGUAAAUUAAAGGCAAUAUAGCCACAGCAUUUUCUAUGGCACAGACAUCACGAGGAUGAUAGAUAUAAAUAUAUAUAUUGUUUUCAACUAGCACUGUAAAUAAAAGUGUUUAAAAAGUUUCAAA